AAAAAUUAUUAUAAUAAUAAAAAUAAUAUACUAUAAUUAUUAAAUUAGUUUUUAUUUUUAUAAUAAAUAAUAAAUUUAGAAGUGAUUAAUUAGGCUACGAGUCAUAUGUGUGCAACACAGAGAAAAUGGACACAAUCCCACUAACAGUCUGCGGUUUUGACCCGAAAGGAGUUACAAAUUAACAAAAAUAUAACCAACCCACCAACGAUGUCAAUAUAUUCAUAAAAAAAUAUUAAAAAAAAGCCAGCAAAGACCAAAGGAUGGACAAACAGAGAGAGAACAUUAAAGAGAAGAAAAACACUUUGCUUAACGUAUUCUGUAUUUUGCGUCAACUUUAGAAUAGAUUCCGACAGAUUAGAAAUAGUCCGGUAGAACAAAAUGAGCGGAGAAGGAAAGCUGGUGUGUGUAACAGGAGGGUCGGGUUACAUAGCCUCAUGGCUUAUCAAAUAUUUGCUGCAAAAUAGCUACACUGUCAACACCACCGUUCGUGAUUUAAAUGAUCCAAAGAAAACUGCACAUUUACUUGCACUUGAUGGGGCCAAUGAAAGACUUCGUCUGUUCAAAGCUGACUUAUUGGAAGAAGGAUCAUUUGAUGCUGCAGUUUAUGGCUGUGAAGGUGUUUUCCAUACAGCUUCUCCUGUAUCUUUCUCAGUCACUGAACCACAGACGGAGCUAAUUGAUCCAGCAGUGAAGGGAACACUUAAUGUACUUAGAUCUUGUGCAAAAGUGCAGUCUAUAAAGAAAGUAAUUAUAACAUCUUCAUUCGCGUCUGUUCCGUUUAAUGGAAAACCUCUUGGCCCGGAUGUUAUAGUUGACGAAACUUGGUUUUCCGAUCCAGAUUUGUGUAGGGAACAGAAGCUUUGGUAUUAUCUUGCAAAGACAUUAGCAGAGCAGGCAGCUUGGAGACUUGCAAAAGAAAAUCGAAUAGAAUUGGUUACGAUUCAUCCAGUGUUUGUCACUGGUCCGCUUUUACAGCCAACUCUUAAUGCUUCUGUGGAAAUGAUUUUAAACCUCAUAAAUGGAGGUCAAGAAUAUCCGAAUGCAUAUUAUGCAUCUGUUGAUGUAAGAGAUGUUGCUUAUGCACAUAUUCAAGCAUUGGAGAUUUCUUCAGCAGCUGGAAGAUAUUGUUUAAUUGAAAGUAAUGUACAAUAUUCUGAGGUUCUGAAGAUCAUUCAUCAACUGUAUCCUACCUUGCAACUCCCACAAAAGUGUGACGCCGGACUUGGAUCCUUAACUGUGUGUAAUGUGUCGAAGGAUAAAGCGAAAACUUUAGGUAUUGACUUCAUUCCAUUGGAGGUGAGUCUGAAGGACACAAUUGAAAGCUUAAAAGAGAAGGGCUUCCUUAGCAUUUGAUUUUCGCCAAAGAAGCAAAAGUGAAGCAGAUGCUGCACUGCCCUUCAAGCAAAUUGAUUUCUUCCAUUGCAGUUAGUGCUCUAGGAGCUGUGCCUUUGUUUCACUUAUUUUUGCUAUGUCCUCUAGAAUUGCUGAACCUUGUAUGUCGCUUAAGUUUAACAUUAUUCAAGAACCAUGGAGCUUGCAGAUGAGAUCAUGAGAUCAGAAGUUGCACUACUUGUAUACUUAACUUUCUUUCUUUAUUACUUUUUCUUAUGUUAUCUUUA